AUGCCCCCAUGCAACACACAGCCUCUCUCUCUCUCUCUCUCUAUCUAUCUUACAUACACACACACACACUCAUAUCUCCACACAUACAUUCAUGUACAUACAGAAACCGCAUGCGGAAGUGGCCACAGUUUUGCUAAUUGUGCCGAGGUCAGGCCUGUUCUGCAUCUCAACGACCCACUCGCAGCCGUCGGUCGUCCAAGCUACCGGAUCAGAGAGUCGUCGAGGCGAAUAAAUCGCCCGUCCCCGUCCCCGUCCCACGAAUCUGACUGGCCAUCGGAAGGGGUCCCAGGGUUCCCACCAGACAAUGCCCACCUGCCUUCGGGCGUGACUGGGUGUGGAGGGGGUGUCGAGGUGGGGCGGGGAUUGAUUCAGCCAGACGUGGGCGGCUAUGAUUUUACGAGCCUUUUCUCUGCCCCACUGCCUGCAGCCUCUCCGAUUCGCAUCACGUCCUCCACCCCGUACGGGCCUUCAAUCCGAUCUCGAGGCUUCCCCAGCCUCGGGAGGGCACGGAUGUUCUUUUAUACACUCCUCCCUCGAAUGGACGAUCUGAGGCUGGGACAAAGCGGCCAAGCCAAGUGCGUGAGGAGCGGUCCUGCAUCUGGCCGCAGCAACCCCUCCUCUUGUCGCCACCACCCUUCGAGGCAGCGAGAAGCCCGAUUUUUAUGCCUCUUUUCUCUGCACUCCAGACUUUCGAGGACGAAGCCGUUUUUUCAUACGAAUUAA